UAAACCGUAGGUUAGACUUUAGAGUUAAAAUAAAAAAAAACGACCCCUUAUAAGCCAAAACCCUAGUCUCUCCUUCUCUUCUUCUCACAGACGCCGCCUCUUCUCUUUUCCUCCACAGUCGCCACCGAGAUUGAUCAAAGAUGAGUAAGGCAACAGCAUCAGGAGCCAAAGGGAAGAAGAAAGGUGUAACCUUCACGGUAGAUUGUACAAAGCCAGUGGAGGACAAGAUUAUGGACAUUGCGUCAUUGGAGAAGUUUCUUCAAGAGAGGAUCAAAGUUGGAGGCAAAGCUGGUGCUCUCGGUGACACAGUUACUGUUACACGUGAAAAGAGCAAGAUUACUGUCACUUCUGACAGUAACUUCUCCAAAAGGUAUCUGAAGUACUUGACAAAGAAGUAUUUGAAGAAACACAAUGUUAGGGAUUGGCUACGAGUGAUUUCAUCCAACAAGGAUCGCAAUGUUUAUGAGUUGAGAUACUUCAACAUUGCUGAGAACGAGGGAGAGGAAGAAGACUGAAGUUUAGGUCUUAUAGCCUCGAUUAUGUUGCUGCCUAGAUUGAACCCUCUUCAUUUUUUUUUGUUUGAUCAAGUGAUGGCACAUUUACUGAGUUAAUGUUUUAUAAUUUUGUUAUUGAGUUGGUGCUUUUGCAAUAUUGCUACUGCCAAAUUUAGAACCUGCCUGCCAUUAAGAAAAUCUGGGUUUUGCUUAA